AUGAAAGAGGAACAGCCAGAGUGCACUAGCAUAACUCUGGCAGCCAACAGCGUGUCCUCCAAGUUGCCGGAGUUCUGGGUGGAGAUGCCGAGGCUGUGGUUUGCACAGUUCGAGGCCGUCAUGGCGCCUCAGAAGCAGGGUGAAAAGUUCAAUUUGGUCAUAUCGAAACUGGGGCGGGAUUCCAUACAGCAGGUUAGCGACCUUGUGACCUUACCGCCAGCGGACAACAGAUAUAACACCUUGAAGGAGAGGCUGUUGCAAGUAUAUGAAGAAAGCGCUCAACGACAGUUCCAGAAGCUGGUCCCAGAACUGGAGCUGGGAUCGCAAAAGCCGACUUAA